UGAUCAUUGAUAAGAUAAUUCUGCUAUCAAUUUAUUCAGUUUAUAUUAUUAAUGAAUAGUGUGGUCACAAAAAACAGAAAACUUGAGUUAUUCAAUCAAUUGUUUUUAUCGCACAACCAUUUGUCUAACACUGAUAAUAGCGAACAAUAUAAAAAUGAGAAUUAAAGCUAUAUCAAGUUAGUGCCAACAAGGAAGUAAUAAAAUGAAAUACACCUCAUCGAUACCAUUGUGUUUAAUCGCAGUUUUGACUGUAAAAGUCGAUGCGUAUGGCAUUAAUAGCGCGGAUAAAAAUCGAAAUUUUAUCAAAACCCCAAUGAAAUACCCAGAUGCGCGACGAGACGAAAGCAUCCUCGAAGAUUUACAUGGAAAGAAAAUUGCCGAUCCAUAUCGAUGGCUCGAAGAUCCAUUUUCGGAAGAGACAAAACAGUUUGUCGAUGCUGAAAAUGAAAUAUCACAAUCAUUUUUAGAGAAUAACGAUAAAUGGAAAAAAAUCAAUACAAAUUUAACCAAACUAUGGAACUAUCAAAAAUACUUUGUUCCAAUGCGACACGGAAAAUACUAUUUUUCAUUUAGAAAUUCUGGCCUACAAAAUCAGAAUGUGCUUUAUAAACAAAACUCUUUAAACGAUGAUGAGGAGCCAACAGUAUUUUUGGAUCCAAAUGCAUUCUCAUCGGACGGAACGAUUUCUUUGCAAGAACAAGCUUUUUCUAAAGACGGAAAUCUGUUCGCUUAUGGUGUCAGUGAAUCGGGCUCAGAUUGGAUUAAAAUCAAAAUUCGCAACGUUCAAACUGGCGAAGAUUAUUCUGAACUUUUGGAAAGAAUAAAGUUCACAUCGUUGGCAUGGACACAUGACAAUAAAGGAUUUUUCUAUAAUCGUUACGAUCAAGGUGGAGAUGGAUCUGAAACGGAUACAAAUGAAAAUCAAAAACUGUACUAUCAUCGUGUCGGUGAGCCUCAAGAAAAGGAUGUGCUAGUUGUCGAAUUCACAGAUAAUCUGGAUUGGUUGAUAGUAGCCACCGUUAGCUUAUGCGGCAAAUAUUUGAUUGUGACACCAUAUAAUGGUCAUCAAAGUUCAUUGUAUUUUGCUGAUUUGGAGAAGAACGGAGCCAUCGUUGGCAAGAUUUUGCUUACAUCAAUAGUAACGAAAUUUGAAGCUGAAUAUGUUUAUAUUACCAAUACCGGAUCAAAAGUAGUAUUCCGUACCAAUAUCAGAGCACCAAAUUAUCGUGUUGUCGUAAUCGAUUUCAACCACUUCACUGAAGAUAAUUGGACCACGCUUGUUAAAGAAGACUCGAAAGAUGUGAUACAGUGGGCAAAACAUGUUGAUAAGGAUAAACUUGUGAUUUCAUAUCUUCAAGAUGUAAAGGAUAUUUUAAAAGUACAUUGUCUCGAAACUGGAAAAUUGUUACGUAAAUUCCCUCUUGAAAUUGGAACUAUAGUUGGUUUCAGUGGAAAUGAAAAGUACUCCGAAGUCUUUUACCAAUUGGAGUCAUUUUUGACGCCUGGAACUAUCUAUCGUUAUGAUUUUUCGAAUCCCGAUACUGAACCAACCGUUUUUAUUGAAAACAAAUUAAAUUUGAAUGGAUUCGAUAAGAAAAACUUUAAAGUCGAACAGGUGUUCUAUCCAAGCCAUGAUGGUACCAAAAUCCCAAUGUUCAUUGUUCAAAAGAAAACUGCAUCAAAAACCAAACCCGUUUUAUUGCAUGGCUACGGUGGAUUCAAUAUUGCAAUCCCACCAGAAUUCAAGGUGCCAUUUUUAUUUUUUGUCAAUGCAUUUGAUGGAAUUUUGGCCAUAGCAAAUAUUCGUGGUGGAGCUGAAUACGGGCAAAAAUGGCAUGAUGCUGGAAAAUUGUUGAACAAACAAAAUGUAUUCGAUGAUUUCCAAGCGGCUGCAGAAUAUUUAGUUACACAGAAGUAUACGAUAAAUAAGAAAAUUGCCAUUUAUGGUCGUUCAAAUGGUGGCUUGCUAGUUGGAGCUUGUAUUAAUCAACGACCAGAGCUAUUUGGUGCGGCUGUAGCUCAGGUGGGCGUUAUGGAUAUGCUUCGUUUUCAUAAAUUCACCAGUGGUCAUUCAUGGAUUACUGAUUAUGGUGACCCUGAUGAAAAAGUUCAUUUCGAUAAUCUCUAUAAAUUCUCGCCGUUACAUAAUGUUCAUGUGCCAAAUAGCACUGUUAACCAAUAUCCGCCAACAAUCAUUUUAACGGGCGACCAUGAUGACAGAGUAAGCCCAUUACACUCAUUGAAAUUGACUGCCACCCUACAACAUGCGGUGAAAAAUAAUAAAUUUCAAAACAACCCAAUUCUUCUUCGUGUAUACAGUAAGGCUGGACAUGGCGACGGUAAACCAAUCGCAAAACGAAUCGAAGAAGAGACCGAUAUUCAUACGUUUUUAUACCAAUCACUGCAAAUCGAUGCUGAUAUUUAGUGAAAUGUAUUAUUCAGCUGUUAAUAAUUAAGAACGCUGCAUAGUGCCCAAAUAUAGACGGAAUUAUUUCUUGUCAUUCGAAAGUUGUAACAACAUUUUAAUAAACAGAAUUUCUAUUGCUUUCCCAA